GUCUAAAUCCCUGCAGCGAUGACUCACAAACCCUCCCUGAAUUCACGCCAUGCUCUAGAGUCCUGCACUUUCCAGCUCCAUAGCUGGAGCCCUUUUCAGUCCCAAAGUCUUUCCAAAACCCUCGAACCAGAUCUAUGCGCUCCCAAACCCUACUCCACUUCCACCACUGUAACCACCCCUCCUAAUGGCGUCCUUCAUAGCAAGAGGCCUUGCCUCUCUGAUCGCACCACCAGUUUCUCGAUCGAUAGCCUCGACAUAUCCAAGCUGAGCUUGAUGGAAAACGAGAGGACAUCCAGGGCUCCUUACAAGAGAAACAGCUUUCCCUGGAUCGCCCGGAAGCGGCGGCGGCGAGGCUCUCGAUCCGUCUCCGGCCGGAGUAGCGACAAGAGUGGGACCCGUCGAUGCUGCUCGGUUGGGGCGUCCGCAGCUUAUGCGACAUGCUCUGACUUCCCUGUUGCUGCUGGCACGGAUUCGAGUGGGGAGUUGUUUGUUCAUAAUGGGGAUGGCAGUUGGGCGUCGGAUGUUAGUGAAGCUAAUAAGCAUUCUAGGAGGGAUGGAAGGGAUAUUGGGAGUGGGGAAAGGGAGAAUUUGGGUUAUGCGUCUUUGCAAGCUGGGGUUUUUGAUUCUCAAGGUAACGAAUCCGGUUAUGGGAGUGAACCUGGUUAUAGAGGGGAUGCGGAAUUCGGCUAUGGUGAUGAGUUCGACGAGGAAGAGGAUGAUGGGCGGCUGAUGUUCUGGGACGAUCGGUUUGGAGAUCGUCAUAUUGAGAUGGUUGGGGAGAACACUUUUUCAGACCAAAAAGCUCAUCACAGGUGUAGACGUAAGAAACAGGAUUGGAGGAUGAGCAAUCCGAUAAGGUGAUCAAUACUGUUUUUCCCCGAAGUAUUUGACCUCAUUGUAAUUAUCAAGUAUUUGCUGUUCAUUCAGCUGAAAUUAUUGGUUUCCAGCCUUUGUCACUUCAUUGGACAUAU